CUUUAGUUUGAUUUUUGUAGCUGGACGAAGCAGUUGAACUGGCAGCAGGUUGCGCGUCGUGUUAAAAAAGUAAAACACACACACACACACAACAGCACGUACGCUGAAUCGGCUCUCUCAAGCACACACACACACACACGCUCAGUCGCAGUGCCAGCUCAGUCGCGAUCGCAACAGCAACAGCAACGACUGCGCGGCCCCAUUGGAGCUCUGGUGAUUGUCGCUGCCGCAGUCACAGUCGGAGUCGCAUUCGCAGUGUGCGCGUUUCGUUAAGCGUUUUUCGCUUCGCUUCGGUUUCGUUACGUUACGUUUCGAUUUUGGGUUUUUGGGAUUCGGAUUCGGAUUCGAAUUCAGAUUCAAAGUGUGGCGUUGAAUUACAAGCGCAAGUGCAAAAGCUUACUUCCAUUGUGUUUUUUUGUGUGUGCUGUGUUUUUUUGUAUUUUGGGCAGCGACAAAAAUUCUCUGCAGCGACUCCCAACAAUUGCUGCUGGUCAAAACAAAUAGCCACACAGAAAGUUGCGACCCAGCAACAACAGCAACUACAACUACAACUACAACUACAACAACCACAACGACAACCAAGCAAACGGCAUUCUUUCGCGCAACAACAAAAAGCAGUUGCCAAAGAGAGAACAGCACCAAUACAAACACAAGCAUUAUAAACGGCAGGUCGGUCUCUCUCUCUCUCGCUCAAUCGCGCUUGCUCUCUGCCCGCUGUAUAAUUUACGUGUGUGCAUACAUUUGUGUAUGCGUGUGUGUGUGUGUGUGUGUGUACGGAGCUGCAGCGACCGUUUGAUUAAAUCGUACUGGUCCCCAUACUCCGCUGCUCCUCUCUUGUUUCCGUCGCAUCGCGUCGAGCGCCCACACAAACGCCUGUGAGAGAGCGCGUGAGCCGCAAGCCGUCCAUUGGAAUGCGGCCCGCCGUUGCCGUCUCCGUUGACUGCGCAGUCGCAGCGCGCUGUUAGUGUUUGACGAAGAGGUCAGCAAAAGCUUUCGGGCAGCAACAACAACAACAGCAACAAACGACAAUUCAAAAACAACAAUACAAUUUACUGUUAUUUUGACGUCGCGCAUUCAACGGCGUUAAUCGAUUCUCAGUGCAAAAAGAAAAACAAAGAAAGUUCGCUCUUAAAUACAAAAAAAAGUAAAUUUGUGCAUAGAAAUCAAAGCGCAGCGAUUUAAUUUUUGGAUUACGCGCCCAAGGCGUCCCCCCGUUUCCCACACCACCACCCCUGGCAGCAACAAACACGAAAAAAUGCCGUCAACUGUUGCGGCCAACAUCGGCAGUGCAUAAGCAGCAACGUAUUUCGAACGCGCGCGCUGGAUACGGAAAAUGAUGCAGCAUGCGAGCAUUUUGCACCGUCAGCGCGCCCCUGGAAGUAUGCGCGUCCUCAGCCGAGCAACUGUCACCCGGCUCCCGAUUUCUGGCACUGAGACUUCUCGGCCAACAGCAGCCGAAAACCCUUUACUUCCUAGUCGAUGCAAAGAGUCGCGUCCGAGAGGUUUAUACGCAGACAUGUCUGCACUUUGCCACGCAGGGCAUGCAGGACACCGAGCUGUUUGGUCUGGCCGUGCUCAUAGAUGGCGAGUACAUGUUUGCAGAUCCCGAGAGCAAGCUCUCCAAAUACGGCCCGAAAAGCUGGCGUUCCUCGCACACGCACGGCCUGGAUGCCAAUGGACGUCCUCUCCUGGAGCUACACUUUCGCGUGCAGUUCUAUAUCGAGAGCCCGUUCAUGCUGAAAGAUGAGACGUCCAGGCACAACUAUUACCUGCAGCUGCGGCACAAUGUGCUGCACCGCGAGCUGCCGCGCGACCAUGCCGACCAGGCGCUGGUCCUGCUCGCUGGCCUCGCCCUGCAGGCGGACCUGGGCGAUGCGCCCACAGCGGCAGCAGCAACUGCUACAAGCACAACCACAACUCAAGCAAUUCCCAGCACAAACCAUCAACCAAAGGAGGAGCAGGCGGCGACAGCAGGCACGGCCCGAAACGGCAGAUCCCUGGCCAUGACGACGACGUUGCCCAAGAUUCGAAAGCGUCUAAGCAGCUACAACGAGCGCAUGCUGCGCCUCUCCACCUACGUGACGUCCACCAGCCAGGCGGCGGCGGCGACUGGCGAGAAACGGGAGGCGGCAGCAAAUGAAGCGGCCGCCAUCGCUAGCUCCACGGAUUACUUUCGACUGGAUGAUUAUCUGCCGGCCACGCUGCAUACGGCGCAGGCGAAAAGCGCGCUGCGCGCCUGCCAUCGGGAGCAUCAGGGCCUGUCCGCCGCCGAGGCGGAGCUUCUGUAUAUAGAGCAGGCGUGCAGCCUGCACGAGACGAUCAAUGCGCACACGUUCCGUAUGCGGCUGGCGAAGAGCGAGGUGGGUGUCGGCAGCGCCUGGUUUGUCAUCUAUGCGCGGGGCAUAAAGAUCUUGGCCACGGAGCCGUCGACCUUUCUGUGGCCCAACAUAACCAAGCUCUCGUUUGAGCGCAAGAAAUUCGAGAUACGUUCCGGUGAGAGUCGCAUCACGCUGUACGCCGCGUCCGAUGAGAAGAACAAGCUGCUGCUGACGCUUUGCAAGGAUACGCAUCAGUGGAGCAUGAAGCUGGCCGCCCGCCUCAAGGAGGUCAGCAAGCGCGAGGAGGAGGAGGCGGAAUCGCAGUGUCUGCACGCCAGCUACGCCUGCUCGCGCAGCCUGAUGCUGCCGUACAAGAGCAAGAACGAGCAGCGCAUCUCGGUCAUCUCGAGCACCAGCUCGAACACCACCUCGGGCAUUGUCAGCGAUCGCGUCCACUCCGAGGAUGAGCUGGAGAUCAUGAUCAAUACGCCGCCGGCGCCGCUUGCCGCACCCUCCACGGAGAGUCUGGCCCUAGCGCAUCUGCUGGACCGACCCAGCGUCAGUCGGCAGACCUCGUCGGUGGGUCAGAUGUCGCUCAAGGAUCUGGAGGAACAGCUGGCCGCGCUGAGCGUCGUAAGUGCGCGAUCUACUGAAGUGACCAGUGGUCCACGCACCACAGCUGCGAGCAACAGCCUCAACACCAACUCCGGCAAUGCCAACGAUUCCUCCACAACGACCACGGAUUCACCCAAUUCACAGCACAACAUUGGCUCGCAGUGCUCCUCCACGUGCAGCACGGUGGUGGUCACAACGCCGGCCGCACCGUUGCCAGCUGCCCUGCACUCCACCUCGUCCAGCUUGGAGCUAGGCUUCAGUCACACGGCACAGAACUCCACGCUGAGCGAAUCCAAUCCGGAUGAUGAUUUUCUGGCCACAUCCGUGCGCGACGACACGGAGAGCGUCUCUGGUGUGUCCGGCGUGUACACGCUGGCGCACGGCAUGGCCGCACCGCCCACGGAAACAUCUGGCGUCUAUACCAUGCACAGCAGCGAGCUGACCGGCCAAUCCUCAGAGCUGGCCGAGUCCGAGAAAAGCUCACACUACGGCAUCUUUCAGCCGGCCAAGGGCGAGUCCGGUCAUGCGCCCGGCGACUCGGUGGAUGGCGGUGGUGGUGCUGGCGGUGCUGUUACCCUAACCGGCGGCUCCGCCAAGAAGUGCAACGAGUUUCGACUACGCUCCGAUUCCAAUAUCAGCACGAGCAGCAGCUUUCGCGGCGACGGCAGCGAUCCCACGGACAACAAGCACACUCUGCUCUCCGCCGAGGAGCUGACCAAUCUGAUUGUCGGCCGCGGCACCUACCCCAGCCGCCAGACCGUGUCCAGCACGCUGCACUCGGACUGUGAUUAUGUUACGCUGCCGGGCGGUGUCUCCUCCGGUGAGCAGCAGCAGCUGGAGCCGGAGCUGGCGCCGCCUGCUCCACCUCCCUACAAUGCACGGCACGAGAAGACGGGCCUGUGCGGACCGCCCGUGGUGCCGCCGCCGCCAGUGCCGCCCAUGCCCAAGGCCAUCAGCCUGGCCAAGCCCAAGCCCAAGCCGGAGCCGCCGGCCGUGCCGGCGCCUGCACCACCGCCGCCAGCUGCGGUCGCGCCCAUUGCUGUAACUGCGCCGGCUGCGGCUGCGCUGCGUCGACGCGAUCCGCCGCCCUAUCCCACAUCCAUGAAACCGCGACCCACUUCGCUCAUCUCGAUGGCCUCCUCGGCGGCGGCGACGGCGGCGGGGCCAGCGCCCAGUGCAGCCGGCUCGAUGAGCUCGUUGAAAUCGGAGGAGAUAACGGCACGGUUCAUCACGACACGUCCACAGAUCAGCAUACUGAAGGCGCACACCAGCCUGCUGCCCGACGGCGCCAAGCCCAGCUAUGCGGCGCACUACUCCUCGGCGGCCAGCUCCAGCGGCUCCCUGUGCAGCCAUCAGCUAUCACAGCAAUCGCUGCACAACUCCAACUAUGCCGGCGGCUCGCAGGCGUCGCUCCAGCAGCAGCAUCAUCCCCACCAGCAGCAGCAGCAGCAGCAGCAGCAACAGCAGCAUCAUUCCCAUCACCAGACGCACCAUCGUCACUCGGGCUCGGCGGCCAUUGGCAUACCCAUAGUUCCAUACGGUCUGCACCACAAGAGCACCGCCUCGCUGCACCAUCAUCAUCAUCAUCACCAGCAGGCGCCGCCGCCGCAGCAGGCUUGCGUUCUGUUGCCCGUGAUCAAGCCGCGUCAGUUUCUGCCGCCGCCGCCGCCAAGUUUGCCGCGACAGCCGCCGCCACCGCCGCCGACAACGCAUCCGCAUCAUUUGGCGGGUUUGUAUAGCAGCCAGCUGGCGGCUCGGAAUCAGCUGGAGCUGUACCAGCAGCAGAUGUACAGCGACGUGGACUAUGUCAUCUAUCCCAUACAGGAUCCGGCUGUCAGCCAGCAGGAGUAUCUGGAUGCCAAGCAGAGCUCGCUGCUGGCGGCCAUGGCACAGGGUCAGCCGCCAACGCCGCAUCAUCCGCAUUCCUAUUUGGCCUAUCCGGCCGGCUGGGACACAUGCAAGGGUCACGCCAUUUACAGGAGCACGCCGUAUUUGCCGCUGGCGCUGUCCACGCACUCGCGCUAUGCCUCCACACAGAAUCUGUCCGAUACGUAUGUCCAGCUGCCCGGGCCGGGCUACUCGCCACUCUACUCACCCUCCAUGGCCAGCAUGUGCAGCUCGUAUGAGCCGCCACCGCCGCCGCCAUUGCAUCCGGCAGCGCUGGCCGCGGCCGCAGCGGCAAACGCUUCCAGCCUCUUUGCACGAUCGCGAUCAGACGAUAAUAUUCUGAACUCGCUCGACUCGAUGCCGAGGCCCAAAGUGAAGCGUCUGCCGCCACCGCCGCCGCCACCGUACGUCAAUCGGCUCAAGAAGCCGCCAAUGCCGGCGCCCAGCGAACAGCCGCCGCCAAUUCCUUCGAAGCCAAAUCCCAAUCCCAGCUUGAGCAUGCUGCCACCACGGAAGCCGCUUACCCUGAAUCCGCACCAGUCCAACAGUCCGCUGAUCAAGACCUCCAGCGGUGCCCAGUGGGCGGGGGAGCGCCCCCGUCCCGACUUGAGCCUGGGCCUGAAUCGUGGCAACAGCAACAGCAUACUGGCCCAGCUGCAGGCAUCUAUUGCCGCCAACAGCCAGUCGCAGGCGUCGAAUGCCCAGGCCAAUCCGCUGGACAUUGCGCUGCUGCGCGAGAAGAGCAAACAUCUGGACUUGCCGCUAAUCUCGGCGCUCUGCAACGAUCGCUCGCUGCUCAAGCAGACCAAGGUCGCAGUCAAUCCCAAGAACGCCAAGCAAACGACGAGUGCUACAGCAGCCGCCGUCGCCGCCGGCGCUGGCUCUGCGCCUGCCGCAACCACAUCCACAGCCGGCGGUGUGGUUCAUCACGGCGCCAGCAAAUCCCUCGCUCAGACGCAGGUCACGAAUGGCAGCACGCCGACGGGCACACUGAGCAAGGGACGCAAAAGCGCAACGAUCAGUCAUCGUCAUCCGCAGGACAAGCUGCCGCCGCUGCCCGUUCAGCUGGCGGAGGCCAACAACUAUGUCAUGGAUCCAGCCGUGGUCAUGAAGCACCACAAAAGCUACAACUCGCAGUCACAAACCCAAACGCAAUCGCAGACCUAAGCGACAACAACAUGAAAAAAAGGCAGAGCAGACACACUCAAUUCUCUAGUUAACAAUGCGAAUGUGAAUAUGAAUGUGCUUGGUGGAAUUGGUGGCAUUUUAGUGGUUGGUGUUUGGUGGUGUUGGUGGGUCAGCCGAGUCCAGAGUUGAGAAUUUGCAUAGUGCGCGAAGUUGUCGAUCACAGUGUGUUGACGGCUGGAAGGUAGAUUCCAAGACCAGGUUCGACAGGCGCGCUUCCAGAGAAAAGAAAAGAAAAGAGAAAAAAACAACAGCCAGUGCAACAGUUAAGGACAAAGUAACAAAAGGGAAUACGAAACAUAACUAACCUCAAAUAGCACACACACUUAAACAGAACCCAGUCUAGUCAAUUUAGGUAUGGGAUUGCUGAGAUAAACUCAAAUAAACAAUGACAAAAACAAAAACAAAAAACUAGCAACAGAAAACAGGAAUCAAAAGACAAAAGCAAACAAAAGAACGAAAAGGAAGCAACAAUACUCAAGUAUAAAAUACGAACUACUUAAUUUACAAACUACAAAACAAACAACUUACUUAGUCUAGUUUAGCUAGCUAGUGACCGGCUCUCGUUAUCUGAGAGUCCGCUUAACACUUAGAUAGGCCCAGUCGCGAUUACUUAAAACUAAAACGCUGAGAGAACUAACUACUUCCGCCCAAAACAACUGUGAUUGAUAUUUUUUUAUAUUUAAAACUAAACUUACUUUACAAAAUACUUAAAAUAGUCAACAAUGAGGAGAAAAACGCACAAAAACUAUGCAAAUUUUUAGUAUAUAGACAAAACUCGCAUUUAAACAGAGAGA